AUGAAAGCUUUUGCUCUUGCUGCUCGCGAACCAUGUUGGAAGGGCAAAAAAGCCUCUCUACUCGGAUCAUCCAUAACAAACGGUUUUUCAAAUGUAGGAAAGGGCAAAAGCAGUCUUAAAUAUGGCUGCUCCGAUUCAGUAAUUUCAAAGAAACUCUUUCAUAGGACUGCAGAAAGUUUAGUGAAAAUCGGAAUGUUUGGUGAUAUUCAUUUCCAAGAUGUGGGAUUGGAUCGUGUUGUGGAGACUGGAGAGUGGAUUGUUGAAGAGUUCGAAAAACAGAAAGUCGACUAUGUGGUGUGUAUGGGUGAUGUACUGAACACAAGAGAAACUGUGAGUGUGAAGGCCCAAAGUAGUGCUUUCGAGUUUUUUGACAAGCUUGCCAGUAAGAUUCCAAAGAAUGUCCACAUAAUCUGCGGUAAUCAUGAUUUGAAUUUGAAAUAUGACACAAAAAUCAGCUCUCUCGACGCUCUAGGAUUAAAAUUGUCUGCUCCAAGCAAUUUAUUUCUCCACAAGUAUAUCGAAGAAGUAGAUCUUGAUGGAAAACGUUGUGUGAUGAUACCUUAUUAUGAAGAUCCAUCUAUAAUUCGUGACUGGGUGUCCAACAAAGCCUCAAAAAACUCUGAAAGCCUGAGCCAAUCUUUGGCAUUUUGUCACAUGGCUAUCAAUGGAGCCAUUCAACGGUAUCAAGUUGACAACAAGAACAACCUCUAUUGUAGAACCUUUGAUGAACAAAUAGGAAAAAAUAUUCUGAAAGAGAAAAGAAAAGGAAGCGAAAAGCUGAAAAAAGAUUCUAUUAAUGAUAUGGAUUUACCUGCAGAAGGUUCCAAAGUACCUAAAUAUCUGACUAAAUUUCAACGUGUUUUUUCAGGGCAUUUUCAUCACCAUCAUUUUUGUGACAAGAAGGUUCUCUAUGUUGGAAGUCCAAUGCAGCAUCAUUUUGGAGAUUCUGGUGAUUCAGGUCGUGGCAUUGUAAUUUAUGACACUGAGACAGAUGAAAUCAGGUUUAUUCAAAAUCCCAAUUGGGAUAAGUUCAGAAUUUUGAGGCUAAAAUCAGAGGACGAUCUUGGAGAUUUGAGCCAAUACAAAGGAAAAUAUAUUUCAAUCAUUUACGAAAGUAUGGACUUGAAUCCUCAAAAGAUUCAAGAUAAGCUGUUGGAAGCAGGUGCAAAAUCAGUACGGAAACAGUCUGUAGCUGUUAGAAAAGUGCAAUCGUCUCUGCAGGAAAAGGAAUCCUCGAGAGAUGCUGACGACAAACUUGGACACAUCAAUUUUGAAGACUUUGUUGUAAAAUAUGUCAAACAAUAUGCUAACCUUUCUUCAAUGGGAAUAGAAUCUAAAUUUGUGGACGAUAUUAUUGAAAGAGGAAAAGAAAUAAUUUCUACUGUCACAAAACAAGGAAAACAUCACUUAAAUGUUGGUGACACAUUUAGGGCAAAUUUAAAAUCGAUAACCAUACAAAAUUUUUUAGGAGUUCAAGGAUGUAUUACGUUUGAUAUUAAGAACAUGGAGAAUGGUGUUUGGUUUUUGGAAGGACCAAAUGGUUCUGGAAAGAGUACAGUUCUAGAAGCUAUUACAUGGUGCAUGUUUGACAAUUUUCUAAGAUCCGAUAUGAGUAAGGUAGAUUAUGCAGUGAAUGACGUAACGAAAAAAGAUUGUUUGGUACGAUUAGACUUUAAUUCGGGAUAUUCGAUUGAAAGAUUUCGAAAAUACACCAAGGCAGGAGCCAAUGAACUUCCUGAGGACAUUGCGACAUCAUCUCCAGAGCGAAAGGGUACUGGACUUCGAGUGUUCUAUGAAGGCAAGUACUUGAGCGAGUAUGAAAAGGGCUCUCUCAAGGAUUCGCAGGUAGCUCUGGAAUCGUUGCUAGGUAUCAAUUAUGACAUGUUUACAAAAUCUAUUGUUGUUGGUGACAAUUCUGUAAACUUUUUAACAUCAGACUCUAAGAAAAGAAGAGAGUUAAUUGAGGACUUAUUAGGAUUGUAUUUAUUCGAUGAUUAUUUAGCUAAUACAAGGGAACGAAAGAAAGCUCUAGUAGAGACCGUCUUUAAGGGUAAAACGUUAGAGGAACAAAUUUUACAUUCGAUCAAACUGCUGGAAGAGAAUAUUGAAAGGAAUGAAAAAGAAAAACUUUCCAUCACAGAGAUCAUACAGAGACUCUCUCAAGAGCACUCUCAAAUUAUUUCAAAAUUGGAGGAGUCAUCGAAACUAAAACGUACUCUUGAGGAUCAAUGGAGAAAAGCACAACAGUUGAACAUUGCCCUCCAAAACAAGACCUCGUUGAUGACCAAAAGAGAUGCUUUAAAACAACGAAUUGCCAACAAUGUGGCCACCCUUAGUAGAUUGAACAGUGAGGCAGUAGCUCUCUACAUUGAUGGUAAAUCUCAGGUUCAUGAGAUCGAAGCGCAUUUCAAUCAAAAGGUUGAUGACACUCGACAUAGAAUGAAACAAAUUUCAGAAGAAAUCAUGUCGAACAGCAUUGAACUUCGACAUGCAAAAGAAAAGUUAGAAAAACUAGAGGACCUUGUUAAUUUAAAUGAGUGUCCAUACUGUGAACAGAAAAUAGAACAUCAAACUCAUUCUAAAUUUGAGCAAGAAAAACAAAAUCUUUCGGAUGUAAUAGCACGUUCUACUCGCCAUCAAAUGACUCUUUCUUCAUCCCUUCAAAAUCUUGAGACAGAAUUUAAUGAGUUGGAAAAUCAGAAGCGAAUUACCAUCACAAAGCUUACUCAAUUGCAAAACUCAAGAUUACUCACAGAAAACGAAACUAAAACACUUCAAUCAGAGUUAGAGUCGGUUGAAAAUCAACUGAAUGAGAUUGAGAUCCAGUCUGGUUCCCUUGAAUCAUCGAACAUUCAAGAAAUUCAAGAGAAGCUUAACAAGGCAGCAGAGGAAGAGAAAAACAUGCUUGAGAGAAAAUAUCAACAUGAAGCUCAACUAAAAGUUCAAAAACAAAAACUCAAGGAUUUAUCUGAACAAACCACCAAACAAAGAGCUGAAUUGGAUGCACUUCGAGAAAGGCAUGUAGAAAGUGCAAAAGAAACAGAACAAAAUGAAAAAGAAUAUGCUGUUCUCAAUUUUUGGGAAAAGGCAUUCGACAGAAGAGCUAGAAAGUCAAGUAAGGAUGACUUUGAGACAAUGAGAUCAUUCUUACUGGAUAAAUCUAUUGAAGAUUUGAAUAAUAUUCUUGAAGAGUAUUCCAAACUUAUUGGAAGUGACACACUUCCAAUCACUUUCAAUUCAGAUUUGAUGAUUAACGAAGAUUAUGGAAAGAGAUCAUCCGGACAACGAAAGAGAAAUCAUUUAAUGAUUCAUUUUGCCUUAUUCGAACUUGUUCGACAACGAUCAAGAUUUUCAAGCAACUUUUUAAUGUUAGAUGAAGUUUUUGAUGCCUUAGAUGUCACAGGUCAAGAACAAGCACAACAAGUCAUUGAAAUGCUUUCCACAAAAAUUGACAAGGUGUUUGUUAUUUCACACUCCACUCAAAACAUGGAAUUUAGAAAGAAAGCCAUCAAAGCAACAAUGACUCCACAAGGUUCCAAGUAUGAGAUCAUCUACAGAUAA